GUGCGGAGGUUUAUGAAAUUAAUUAUUAGUUUAUUCUUCAAUUCUUCUUUUACGUAAUGGUUUUUUCUUUAAGUGAUGAAAUGCAUAUCACAAUCUCAUCUAGAGAGUUUACGAUGGAUUUGUUGCAUUAUGGAUUUGGAAGAGUAAAUUGUUUGUUUAGCUAAUUUUUAUGAUGGAUUUGUCUCACAUUUUUGCCUUUCAUUAUGAAAUCCCAAAUGAAAUAUGGGAUUUGCAAAUCUGUGGGGUCCAUGGAUUUGGAUCUAAUUGUGUCAAAACCUUGAUGCUGGAUUUGGGUGGCAAAUCCAUCACUCGAAUCCCACAAGCAAACGAUACUUAGAAGUUCAAAGUUUAAAACUGGUAGCUAUAUGAUUUAUUUUAGGUUCUUUUUUUGGCAAACGAUAAAAAAAAAUUAUGAGAUCAUACCACCAUAGAUCUAGGUUUGAUGUAUAUAUUUUUUUUUACCAUAGAAGGAAACCGACAACUUCGUUUGCUUUCUUUUUUUCAUAACUUUGCUUGGUUUAUAUUAGUGAGAUGAUAAUUCUUAUCAAAACUUGAUUUGACAGUAACAUAUUAUUUUGUUUUGUUAUAAUUGCGUCGGUGUUAUUUGGAGUUUUGAAGUCAAUUCAUACUAUUAUUGAGUACUAUAAGCAUUAAAAAUACAUUCACCUUGAAGAAUCAUCUUAUUUACGAUACCGUGUUCCAAUACGAUCUUCAAAAAGCCAAGUAAAAGGGUCAGAUUCUGGUGCGUAAACUCCUUUAGUUGCAGUUGGUACAAACCUUAAUAGCUAUAGUUAAGAGAUUUUCAAUUUCUCGCAAAUUUAGCAAACUAUAUCUCAUUCGUUUCAACUCUUAUUUUAAACGGGUUCGAAAAACCAUAUUAAUUGUAACUUGCCAAAGAAAAGUUGAAGAAGACUAUAAUGAGCAAUUUCAUAUGAAUUAUACAAUAAUAUAAAAGGCAAUAGUAGUAAGGUAACAAUCUACCUCUACUCUUUAUUUAUUUUUAACUUCAAGUUCAUUCAUUAGAGAGAAAACAAAUAAUGUAUCUCUCGGUUUGUAUGAGAUAAGGAUUAUUUUGUCUUGUUUUUAACCCACUAAAAUAUAAGUGUUUCGACUAAAUAAUGUAUCUCAAUUGUUGUUAUUUUAUAAUUUCAGGAUUAGCUGUGAGUUGUAGAAAACAUUUGUAUAAUCUAAACUGAAUUGUUAUGUGUCAUGAGGAAGCUGGAUUUUUUGGAAUGAUUAUCGAGAAACUACUCAGAGAUAUUGACAAAAUGAGAGAACUUUUAUCUCCUCAUCUCAUACAAGCCGAGAGCAUGACGUUAAAUUUUUAUAUGAAGCUCACGGUUACAACAUCGCAAAGCCCCUGAGUGGGUACACAAUUUUGAAGAUAAUGAAGGAUGAAGAAGAGCAAUCCCAGACAAAGUUCAUGACAUGUACUGGGUAAAUUUAAGUUCUUGAAAAUGGAGUUUUCACAACUCAAAAAGUUUUGCGAUUAAAUAUUUGAGAUAGUGAAAUGCAAGAGAAGAAGGAAAAGUACGAUAAUAUCAGAAGUAGUGAAUUCAUUGAUGGAGAUAAUGGUGUUAUUGAGAUAAAGAAAUAGAUUAUUGAUGGUGGAUAUAGUCAUAUAGAAAUAUCUAUGAUGGAAGAAAAUAAUAGCGAAUGGUUGAUAAUAAUUAUGAUUUAUAUGAGAUGAAAUUCUAACUCCGUAAAAAUAUGUUUCACAUUUUCAUACAUUAUACCAUUAAAAUGGUUUUCAAUGAAUUGGAGCAGAAGAAGGAAUAAACUAUUGAUCAUGGUACUAAAUAAAUGAUUCGAAUAAUUACUAUUAAUUUUUAUACUAUUGAUGUAGUGUAUCCGACUAACGGGCGGGCACAACUCUAAUUUCCAUUUUUUUUAUUUUUGAAAAUUUCUUUUGGCUUACUGUUUGGUAAAUAUGAGUCGUUGGAUGACUUAAUUUACAUCCAACGGACAAGAAACACGCAACUAGGUUGGCCAUAUCCUAUUUGUUUUCCUUUUACUGCACAAACAAGUCUUUAACUAUUUCACCAACAUGUUACACUGAUAUACCAAAUUAUGAAGUCCAAAAUAGAAUCACCAUAAUUAUAAGGAGACAAGAGUCAUACAUUUAUUCUUAUAUGAUUUACUACCUUUUCUCUAUUUCAUUUUUUCCGUGUUUAUCGUUGAACAUUUUAUUAUACCAUUGUAUUUUUCGCCUUUUAUUCUUCAAUCGGCGAGAACUGAACUCAAAUCUUACAUUUUCGAAUUCCCUCAACCGAACGAUUAAUUAUAAGCUUCAUGGAUUCUUCUUCUCCCAACCGUGGCUCUUACGUUGCUGAUUCAAAUUCUCGCAUUAGGAGGUGCUUGAUCUGUGGGGAUAUCAUCUCACCCAUGAUGCGUCCGUGUGUCACCUAUUCUUGCUCUCACGUGUUUCAUAUAGAUUGUGCCGAGUCGAUCACCUUUCACUCGCCAAGGCGGACCAUCAUCUGCCCGCUCUGCCGGUGCAUCGACGCCGACACGUGGCGGCAGCUGGAUACCGACGCCGGAACCACGUGGCUGCUGCUCGACGCCGACGGCAACUGUUUGCCGGCGAACCCACAAGACCUCAACAUCACCGCUUUCAUUCUCAAUGCACGGCACGUCGUGGAGGCACGAAAGGACGGCUACCAUUACAAAUCGUGGUUCGAUGCCAAUGGAGUUCAGCUGUGCCGCAUCCGCUAGUUGUUCAUGGUGAUUCUAAUUGUUUCAGGGUUGGGUUUUCAAACAAUGUUUGUGAUGGUGGUGGAAUGGUGGUUUGUGUUUUGUGUCGUGUCGUUGAAAUGUAUUUUUUUUUAAUACAUUACUUGUCGUUCGGUUAUGUUCUAUUUUGACAACUUUAAAGUGAUUUUAUUAGUUAUUUUCGAGUUUAAGAAAGAAAAAGAAGAGUCUAAAGAAGUUUUCACCUAGUUUAGAAGGGUCACGGAGGAUAAUUUGAUAUAAUGAUAUUUGUGAGAUGAUGAGCCUAUGUGUUAGUGUUUUGGUAAAUGUAAUUAGAAUUGAGUAUUCGAGGUAACUCGAAUGACUGAGUGAUAUUUUUUUUUAGAUCUUAGACAAAAGGCUCUCUAAAGUCUUUGAUUUUUGGCACUUCAGGCUGGGUAGUGUGUGAUUUUCUUGCAUCAUGUGCUUUCUCUUAGUACAUAUCUAACCGGGCGAAGGGUGUUCUUUUUGUGUGUGUCUCAUGUAUUUUGUAACAUCUUAGACGAAUGUAAUCAACUAAGUAUAAGAGAAAUUCAAGAUUCAUAAGUAAGAAACUGAAUUUAACUGA